CAGCAAGGGGCCCAACCUGGACCUUUCAUCCUCGAGACGCACCGACUUGGAGUGACCCAACGAAUUCCCGAUUCACCCGACCCUGGAGUGGAAUCGAACUCGGCUACGCGGAGUCUCGACACAUCCCGGGUGACCACCAGCCCGCCGCAGCCGACCGCGACCCCGCGGGACCCCUCGUACCCCGGCGAGCUGCUCGUGGGGCUGGCGUCUCUGCGCGCGAGCGAGGAGCUCACGGACGUGGUGCUGCUGAGCGCCGAACCCUCGGCGCCUGUUCCCCGCUCACCGCGCCGUGCUCGCCGCGGCCUCCCCCUUCUUCAGGGCCAUGUUCGCCGCGGGCUCGAUGCGGGAGUCGCGCAGCGGCGUGGUGGAGCUGCGCGCCGUCGCCGCGCCCACGCUCGCCCUCCUGCUCGACUUCGUCUACUCGGGCCGGGUGCCCGCAGCGGAGGCCCUGCGGUCGGAGCAAGCGGCCGCGCUGCUCGUGGCCGCGGACAUGAUGCGGGUCCUGAGCCUCAAGGCGCAGUGCGAGCGCUCGCUCGUGGCCUCCGUGAGCGAGGAGAACUGCGCGGCGCUCCUGGCGCUGGCGGCGCGCUUCGGCUGCCCGGAGCUGAGGGCCGAGGCCACGACGCAAACCCUGGCGGCCUUUGGGGCCGUGUGGCCUACGGUCGAGUUCCUGCAGCUGCCCCAGGACCUCGUGGAGGAGCUCCUGGGAGACCUGAAGCUCAACGUGGCGAGCGAGGAGGAGGUGCUCACGGCAGCCGUGGCAUGGCUCAAGUGGCCCGGCGCGGAACGGCCCCGGUGCGAGGACGAAGAGGCGGCGUACGGCGUCCUGCGGCACGUCAAGUUCCCGUGCCUCCCGGGUGCCGCGCUCCGAGCCGCCGAGAAUCUCGCCGCCGAGAUGGGCCCCAAGUGCCGGCGGCUGGUGGAGGAGGCAUGGAGCUACAGGCUGAGCCCCGCGCGGCGGGAGGAGCUCAAGUCGGAGAGGUCCUCCCCACGGCCCUCCACGGGACGGGUCGAGGCGCUGCUGCUGAUGGGCAGCGAUGCCAGCGUGUGCGUGAUGCGGCCCCUGCUGCCGUCACCAUCACCGUCGUUACCAUCACUGUCGUCGUCGUCGUCGUCAUCGGCGUCGUUGUCAGCGGUGUUGUCGACCGCAACAUCGUCAUCAUCGUCAGCCUCAGCGUCAUCAGCAGCACCACUGCCUUCAUCAGCUGCAUUGUCAUCAACGGCGGUAGCGUUUGCAUCUUCGUCGUCACCGGCAGUAGCUGUAGAGUCGCCUGUAUCACCACCACCAGCAGCAGCAGUCGAUCACGAGUUCUCUUUUUCGACUCGCAUGGCACGGCUGCCGCGGACAACCUCCUCCACCUCGCCGUCGCCGCCGUUGUCAUCGUCGGGCUGCGCGCUGCUGCCCACGUCGAACGCGGCGGCGCUGGGCGGCUUCGUGUUCGUGCUGUGCCGCACGGGGCUCGAGGGCGCCGAGUCGCUCUGGAAGUACGAGCCGUGCGCCGACGGCUGGAUCGAGUGCCGCGCCCCGACUCCCACCGCGAAGACGACGACGACGAAGAGGAGGAACUCCCCAGCGCUCGUGGCGGCCGGCGAGCGCCUGUACUUGCUGGGAGGCGGCGUGCGUUCCGUCUCCUCUUACGACCCCCGCAGCAACACGUGGAGGGCAGCCGGCCAUCUGGAGCUGGCCGUCGCUUCCCCAGCGGCCGUGAGUUUGGGGGGCUGGAUCUACCUGUUCGGAGGGGAGAGCGACGGCACCGGCGCAGCGGGGGGCUCCCGGACCGCGGGGGGUCACGGCGGAACGGUGGCGGCCGUGCAGCGCUACGACCCGCGGAGCGAGACCACGGAGCUGCUGAGGGACAUGCCGGUCGCCGAGCUGGUGCUGGCCGUGGCGUUCGAGGGCCGCGUGUACCUGGCGGCCCGGGCGGGCGGCUGUCCGCCGCGGCGCCUCCUGCAAUACGACCCGCAGCAGGAGGGUGACGGCGGCGGUGGCGGCGGCUUCACGGAGCUGCCAAGCGAGACGCCGGGCCGUGCCGCGGCGCUCACGGCGCUGGUGGUGCACGGGGCGCGCCUCUUCGCCUUCUCGGCGCGGUUCUACGCCCGGUGCGGUCGCCCGCGGGACGCGGCGUGGGAGACGGCCCGGCCGAUCGCGGGCUUCACGAGCGUCCGCGACGCGCUCACCUUCCCCCUGGCCUGCGCCACGACGCCGGCCCCGGCACGGCGAUAGCUGCAGUGUGCGGUGCUGUAGGGGGACUGCGCGAUGGGGUUAUUUCCCGUGUACGUUGAACUUCUUUCACGCCGUGCGUAGCCAAACCGUGCGGGGGGAGGACAGAAUGCAUGACGCACAGCAGGGCGCUUUCAACACGUGUGUCGUUCGAAACUAAUGGCAAGUGUGACGUGCUAUGAAGAAGGACCAUUGUCUGAAACGUCGCCUGUUGUUGCCCUUUAUUGCAGCGUUAUUGACGGACGUGUCGGGUUUGCGUCCGUUGUUCGCGUGUUCCACUGCGUGCGCAGCAUCAACAAGCAAUGUAACGUGUUCAAGGGUUCAUCUUCUUGGUUCUUUCGGUAAA